GUGUGUGUGUGUGUGUGUGUGUGUGUGUGUGUGUUGACACGCACGCCUGUUGUUCUGAAUGGAGAGCCGUCGCUCCGAUUCCCAGCAGCUUUCAGACCCAAACGCGUUUCGGCCGCGGCGGAUAUGAAUUAAAGUGGCGGUGGAUUUGGCUCCCCGCGCUGCUUUUAGUUCUGGUUUCGUGGAACAAGUGCGCGGCGGCGGCGGCCGUGGAAGUUGCGUGUUUUUGCAGGAACGUUAUGCGCAGCGAGGGAGCUGGCGAUUCCCCGGGGCUUGUUUGCAGAACAAGUGCGCGUUUGUUGUUCUGGAUCCAGAACGCGCAGGCACCGAUAGGUGCCUCAUUAACGGUCUUUAACUCCGGGCCCCUCAGGCGGGGCCGCGCUGUGGGCCACGCAGGAAAGCCGAUUUGGAUGAACCAUCUCUAGAAUUGUUUGACAGUGGUGUGAGGCAGCGAGACGCGCGCCAAACACUCUCCCGGCAGCCAUGCCGCCGCCGGCAGACAUCGUCAAGGUGGCCAUCGAGUGGCCUGGGGCCUUCCCUAAGCUCAUGGAGAUAGACCAGAAAAAGCCUCUUUCAGCCAUUAUAAAGGAAGUGUGUGAAGGAUGGUCUUUGGGGAGCCAUGAAACCUAUGCUCUGCAGAUUGCUGAUGCAACAAAUUUCUACAUCACAGAAAAGAAUCGCAAUGACAUAAAAAAUGGCUCCAUCUUGCGUCUAACCACGUCUCCUUACCAGACGGCCCUCCAGCUCCAUGAACGGAUCCAGUCAUCCAGCAUGGAUGCAAAGCUAGAGUCACUGAAAGAUCUGGCCAACGCCUCCAGGGACAUCACCUUUGCGCAGGAGUUCAUCAACCUGGACGGCAUCUCGCUGCUCACUCAGAUGGUGGAAAGUGGCACUGAGCGCUAUCAGAAACUUCAGAAGAUUAUGAAGCCAUGUUUCGGUGACCUGCUGUCCUUUACUCUGACGGCCUUUGUGGAGUUGAUGGACCAUGGGAUUGUCUCCUGGGAUACAUUUUCUGUGGCCUUUAUCAAAAAGAUUGCCAGCUUUGUGAACAAGACCGCCAUGGACACAGCAGUGCUGCAGCGUUCCCUGGCCAUCCUGGAGUCCAUGGUGCUCAACAGUCAAGAUCUUUACCACAAGGUGGCGCAAGAGAUCACGAUUGGACAGCUCAUCCCACACCUUCAGGGGACUGAUCAAGACAUCCAGACCUACACCAUCGCCGUUAUCAAUGCUCUGUUCCUCAAAGCUCCAGAGGAGAAGAGACAGUUUGAUGAGAACAUUGUGGACAUCCUAAAUUGUCCCCUGACAGAGAUGGCCCACAUUCUAGCUCAGAAGCAGCUACGCUCCAUCAUCCUCACUAAUGUAAUCCGGAGCCCCACACCCAUUAAUGAUGAGAUGGCACAUCAGCUGUAUGUGCUGCAGGUGCUCAACUUCAACACGCUUGAGGAUCGCAUGAUGACCAAGAUGGAUCCUCAGGACCAGGCUCAGAGGGACAUCAUCUUUGAGCUUCGAAGAAUUGCCUUCGACGUGGAGAGCGAGCCCAACAACGGAGGCAGCAUCGAAAAGCGCAAAUCCAUGUACACCAGGGACUACAAAAAGCUUGGCUUCAUUAAUCAUGUCAAUCCAGCUGUGGAUUUUACCCAGAUUCCUCCAGGCAUGCUGGCUCUCGAUAACAUGCUUUACUUUGCCAAACACCACCAGGAUGCUUACAUCAGGAUUGUCCUAGAGAACAGCAGCAGGGAAGACAAGCACGAAUGCCCGUUCGGCCGCAGCAGCAUCGAGCUGACCAAGAUGCUCUGCGAGAUCCUGAAAGUCGGCGAACUUCCCAGUGAAAACUGUCAUGACUUCCACCCCAUGUUCUUCACCCAUGAUCGCUCCGUUGAGGAAUUCUUCUGCAUCUGCAUCCAGCUGCUCAACAAGACCUGGAAGGAGAUGCGAGCCACAAGCGAAGACUUUAACAAGGUAAUGCAGGUGGUGAGAGAGCAGAUCAUGCGAGCGCUCUCUGUGAAGCCUAAUUCCUUGGACCAGUUCAAGAGUCGCCUACAGAACCUGAGCUACACAGAGAUCCUGAAGAUACGUCAGUCCGAGAGAAUGAAUCAGGAAGAUUUCCAGUCCCGGCCCAUUUUGGAGCUGAGAGAAAAGAUCCAGCCAGAGAUCAUGGAGCUGAUCAAGCAGCAGAGGCUCAACCGUUUGUGCGAGGGGACCUGCUUUAGGAAAAUCAGCAGUCGCAGGAGGCAAGAUAAGUUCUGGUACUGCCGGCUGUCUCCGAAUCAUAAAGUCCUGCACUAUGGAGAUCUUGAGGAGAGCCCUCAGGGAGAGGUCCCCCAUGACUCUUUACAGGACAAAUUGCCUGUAGCUGAUAUCAAAGCUGUUAUCACUGGCAAAGACUGUCCUCACAUGAAGGAAAAAGGAGCCCUCAAGCAAAACAAGGAGGUGUUGGAGCUGGCUUUCUCUGUCCUCUACGAGUCAGAUGAAUACUUGAACUUCAUCGCUCCCGACAAGCAUGAGUACUGCGUGUGGACGGACGGGCUCAAUGCUCUCCUGGGAAAGGAGAUGACCAGUGACUACACCAAAACAGACAUGGACACCCUGCUCUCCAUGGAAAUGAAGCUUCGCCUACUGGAUCUAGAAAACAUCCAGAUUCCUGAGGCGCCUCCCCCGAUUCCCAAAGAACCUAGCAACUAUGACUUUGUUUACGACUGUAACUAGACCUGCACCCCC